AGUCAACUUAUCCUGACAUCUGAACAGCAGAAGAUAAGUGUUGAUAAGAAUGCUACGCAAGUCUCCACCGCCCUUCAGCAAGUUGAUAUGAAUUGUCAGGUUCCUGAGCUUGCCAUUCAGAUGCAACUUGACCCAAUUGCUGCGACGAUGCAUGGCAACAGGGGCAUUUUGGGAAAACAGCCGGUACCAAACCUGGACAUGGCCUCAGAUCAGCAGCAUGUGCGUGAGCAAACUGAACCAAAGGAGGCCUUUUCCCCUGCUGACCUUGGGGAGCAGAUAAACCAACAAGUACAGACUUCAAUAAUGGGGGCACUACAGAGAGCUGCUGGACCUCAGCAACCUUUUCUUCCGGCCUCCUCAGCUUCUCGGGUCCCAACUCCACAGAAUCCACCACAGCCACAUAUCCAGCCUGGGGACACCUUUGCAGAACAAACAUAUAGUAUUCUCCAGGCCCACCAGCUUUUCCCCUUUCUCCCCCAUCACGGCGCUCCUCUCGAUCCCCAAUUUGGCUUCACUACUUCCAUUCCUUGCACAUCUCAUCAGCUUGCAACGAUUGCCAUGGCGCCGCCCCUGACCUUCCAGCUUCCGCUUCCUACAACCCGAACCAAUAAAUCCCCACCCAGAGCCAAAACCAAGAUUUCAUCCAACAAAACUCCCACUGCUGGUCAAUCACCUCCCACUGCCCGUACAUCCACCCCUCCUCAUCCCAGGUCCAGGCUACCUCGCCGUCGCCUCGGUUCUCCUCCGAGGCUGGGUCGUCCGGCGCGUCGAUCCCUCUCGCCGGCGCUCUCUGCUGCGGCCUCUUCUCCUUCUCCUCUUCGCCAAGACCACAGCCCCUCCAACUCCCCUACGCCUCCACCUGCUCGCGCCUCCCGUCGCCAGGGCUUCUUCCGGCGCUUCACCGCAGCAGAGAAAGACAAAAGGCCGGUCGUCGGUAGUUCUUUGGAAGCUCCACAACUACUGCUGGCUGGUACUCGCCGUAUGCGGUCACCUGAUCCUGGAGCCAACCUCGACUAUGACUACAGAGAUGCUGCAACAACCAAUGCCAACACUAGAAACGUGCGCGGACAACCUCGAGCUCGGCCCAGCGGGUGGGAUUCGCCAAAUCCCGCCCAUGGUGGAGGUCUACGUCCUCCAACUCAGCGAAUUCCUUCUGCUGCUGGCGAGCUUCCCUAUCCUACUCCUCUGCAACAAGCCCAGGGAAGUCUUGCUGGCCGUCUUGGUGGUUACUUUGAUGGCGGCCCUCUGGCAGAAGCUAUGCAUCACCUGCUUCCGCUCGAUACUGCUGAACAUCACCUUCAAGAUUACAAUCCCGGUGGUUUCAAUCCCGGUGGCGACAACAUCUCCUGGCCAGGAGACCUUCCUGCAGUGACGCAUCCAGCAGCUCAAGAUUUGGCUACUCUCCCACAUGAUCAAGAACAGGCUAGGGCGCCAGCCUCAAGGGCGUCGGGUGACAAAUGAGUUUUCUAAGCUGGAAUUGUAGAGGUUCGGGCGGGAGCCUCAACAGUCCGACGCUGAACCAUCUCGCCCGUUUGAUCAACUCAACCAAGGCACAGUUAUAUAGUGCCAGCAACAGGACUCUCUGGAGGCCUUUGGCUUUUGUGGAAUGAUGAAGUAGACCUUCAAGUAGUGCACUCCAGUCGCUUUUAUAUCCUAGCAAAAUGUGUACAUAAACCAACUAGUCAGAACUUUAAUCUAGUUUGUAUCUAUGGAGACCCUCAUCACCAGCAGACUAGUCUUAUCUGGCAGGAUGUAUCAACCUUUGUCUUAGCAAUUCCUGAUACUCCUACUUUCUGUAUGGGUGAUAUGAAUAAAAUUAUGCAUGUAGCAGAAAAAUGCGGCCCCAAAGCUCCUAAUUUUAAUCGUAUCCGUGAUUUCUGCUAUCUCGUGAAACAAUGUGGUUUAUUUGAUUUGGGUUACAAUGGCCCUGCAUAUACUUGGUCCAACAAGCGGUUUACGACUAACCCCACUUAUGAACGUCUUGAUCGUUGUUUAGCUAAUGCAGAGUGGUGUACAAUUUUCCCAAGAACGACCAUAUACCACCUACCCAUCCUUUACAGUGACCAUGCACCCAUUCUUGCCAUCCUAGAAUCCAAACCAACUCCAAAACCUAAACCUUUCAGAUUUGAAAACUGGUGGCUACUUGAAGAGGACUUCCAAACAACUGCGAAUGCAAGUUGGAGCAAAACAGCAAAUAAUUCUUUCCACACCAGAACAAACCAACUAGCCAAAGAUCUCAAACACUGGAGCAAAGCCAAAAAACCUAUCCACCAGCAGCUAGACCAAAUUGAAAAGCAACUAAUAGAUCUACAAUUAGCCCACCCAUCAAACAGAAACCACAGCAAAGAAGCCACACUUACGCAUCAGCACCACCAUCUUAUGCAAAGAAAUGCUGAAUACCAUCGCCAAAGAGUCAAAAAGACAUGGGUUUGCAAAGGAGAUAGAAACACAAACUUUUUCCAUCAGGCAAUAAUCAAGAGGACAAGGAAGAACAGGAUCUCCUUGAUCCAGGACAGCCAAGGAAAUCAAACUGCAAACGUGCAAGAAAUUGGAACAGUUUUCAUCGACUACUUCACGAACCUGUUCACUACACAGCUAACUGACGAUCCAACCCAGCUAC